GUCUGGUUUCUAAUUGAUUUCUAGACAUGAGUUUUUGAAUUUUUUUAUUUAACAAAAUUUAUUUAAUUUUAAUUUUAAAUUUUUAAAAUUUAUAUAAUUUUAAAAAAGUUCAAAUCUGUAGAUCCAAUGGGCCGGAUCUUGGAACAUCAUAUAUUGCCCGGGCAGCACAUGCGUUAGGCAUAAGCAAGCCUAAAGCCUCUCUGUUGCUCAAGCUUAGACACAAAUUUCAGAAUCAUGACAGACACCCUCUCCGAUCUCCAAAAGUACGGAGUGCCGUUUUACGGAUCCGGCUGGGUUCCUUACAACCACGUCAGAUCCAAGGUCAACUCACAAGAAAAACAUGAAGAUGAUGAAGAGGAUAAUAAGGAAGACGAAGAUCCAACUCAAUCCGAAGAGGAAGAGAUUAGUACCUCCCUAAACUACGUCGUUCUGGCUGGCGGUGGUGGUGAAGGCCGUAGCGGCAUCCCCAAUGCAAUCGUCGUCUCCCACGUCGAUUUCGCCUCUAAUUCUCUCUCUGAUCAACCUGUGGUUAAGCUUGGAACUGGUUCUGAUUUGCCUUAUCGAAUGACUGUUCAUCCGCGUGGAGAUGGCGUUAUCUGUGCAAUGCAACAGAGUUGCAGGUUGUUUGAGUGGGAGGAACCCGAGGACAACGAAGUCCACAAACUGGGUGUCAAGGGGUCAGAGAAAGUUCUGACCCAGUUAGAAGAUGUUGGACAACAAUUAGCACUGACAUUUAACAGUGAGGGUUCUGUACUGGCCGCUGGUGGUGAGGAUGGCAGUUUAAGGGUUUUCAAGUGGCCUAGCAUGGAAAUAAUUCUCAAUGAAGCCCAAGCUCAUUCAUCCGUUAAGAGCUUGGAUUUUAGCUGUGAUGGAAAAUUUCUCGUCUCAUUGGGAAGUAGCCUUUGUAGGAUUUGGGAUGUGACAUCAUCAAAAGUUAUAGCUUCUCUGGCAAAGGGUAAUGAUGAGGUUUUUGCCAUCUGCAGAUUUUCUCAAAUUGUUGAUAAGAAUCCAGUUCUGUAUAUUGCUGCAGUCACAGACCAUGGUGGAAGUAUUUUAACAUGGAACACAACCACAUGGAAGAGAAUGCAUGCUAAUCGAGUAGUCCGGGAACCUAUCUCUGCAUUCAAUGUCUCAGCUGAUGGGAAGUUCCUUGCAGUUGGAACAAUUGGAGGACACCUUUUUAUCAUAAAUUCCUCUAAUAUGGGGGUGCAAAUGAUGGUAAAAAAAGCUCACCUUGGUUUGGUUACAGCAUUGACAUUUUCCCCUGAUUCAAGGGCUUUGAUCUCUGCAUCACUGGACUCAAGUGCUAGGGUGACACUAAUCAAGGACAAGACUAAAAGUGGUGGAAUGAGCUGGUUGAUCAUAUUCAUGGUACUACUUGCAAUUGCUGUGUAUUUCAUGAAGGAGAAAGGAAUCAUACCAUAAUGCAGGCUGCUAAAAUUGCAAUCGAGAAUGUGACCAUAGUUAAGUUUGUGUUGUUUUAAACUUUAGAAAUUACUGGAGCAACUUAAAUAGAUUCGUAUCACAGUUUCACUCCUUUACAUUGGAUACUUAAUUCCUGUCUAAUGAGUUGAUAUGAUAGUCACUUGAAAAUUUGCA